CUACACUUGGGAAGCAGCACAGGUUUACAGCGAGGCUCAAGUCCAGCUUAAAACGGAUCAAUGUGCAUCAGUACGUGCCGCCCCCAUCCAACACCACGGACCCUCGGGAGUAUAUCGAGAACCUCUACGUGGGGAUGGCGCGAAUGGCAAUAGGACUUGGGAAGGACGUGUGGGUGUCGGAGGUGGGUCCGAUGUGGGUGGGGGUGGCGACAUCGACGUGGCACUGUUCAUGGCUCGAUCGGCCAUUCAAGCCAUCAACAUCAUGGGAGCCUCGGCUUGGAUCUACUGGCAAGCGAUCAACGGCGCAUCGGCAACCAACCGAAACGCAAUCAAAUGGGGCCUCUUCACGAUCCCCUUCAACCGGCUGAGCAACGAGACCGCUCCUCCUUUGGACAUUGUUUUUUCGAAGAAAUUCUUCGUUCUGAAGCAGCUUGCUCAGGGGUCUCCAAGGGGAAGCCACCCCUUGCAGGUUGAUGCGGGGAACGGGUGUCACCAUUGCGUGGCUGCCUUUUACCAUCCCACCAGGCAAUUCGUGUCCAUCUUCAUUGUCAACCAGCAAGACACCUCAUACGACCUCGACUUCUCCUUUGUUUCUUUCGGGCGUUUUGACCCCGAGAGUCUGUGUCAAAUGGAGAUGUGGCGCACAUCUCCAACUGAGGAUGCCUCGCUGAUUGCAUCUCAGAGUUAUGCAGACAUGCCUGGUUCAUUCUCCGCUACAGCUCUAGGGCUAAGCAUUACGUCCAUAGUGUUUUCAAAUGUUACUUGGAUGUAAGUGAAACGCUUCUCGUUGAAUUAG